GAAUUUUUUGUCAUAGAAGGAAAGUUAGAGAAAGAUUUUGCUCUCAAUUAUUUUGGGAGACAAAGUGGGAGAAAGCAUGUUUUUGUUAAAUAGUGAUUAGGUUGGUUACCAAAUCUGGGCAAGAGCUGGGCAAAGGAAAUUCUUGAAAGAUAAGAGAUUGUUAAAGAGAAAUUUUUUUCAAAAGUACAGUGGACGUACACUCCCAUACAUUCCUCCUUUAGCCACGGUACUGCAUCUACUAUAACAAAAAGCAAAGUAGAUUUUAAUAAAAAUCUUGCGUUUUCGAGCGAUUUUUUUGCUACAUAAACUAUACAUUCAUUUCCUUCUUUUAGGAGCCAUUCAAAGAACCAAAAUGUUUGACUUGUUUGCAUACAUUUUGUGAACAAUGUAUAGAAAAUCAUUUAUCAGCACAAAGAACAUACAAAUAUACUGAUUAUCGUGAAUUUGCAUGUCCAAUAUGUCGUAAGAAAACAGCCAUCCCCACUGGAGGGGUACAUAAAUUGCCGGAUAAUUUUCUUAUUGCCGGACUCUCUGAAAUGUUAUCAAAUAAAACUGUCGCGAAACUAGCUAACUGUGAUAUGUGUAAAACGGGUUUGUAUUCUAUAAUUAACUCAUUUUUAUUGUUUUAUAUAAUAUUUUUUUUCUUUCAUUCAAUAGUCCAUGAUCGUGAACGUGAAGCAAGUUCGAGAUGUUUAGAAUGUCAAAAGUUUUUAUGUCGUCAUUGUGUUCAAGCUCAUCAAACUAUCAAAGUUACUCAAGAUCAUUCAAUCUAUGAAUUAGAAAUUGAAAAAGAUAUCUUAUGUAAAAAUCAUUUAACCGAAUUUGUUCGUUUCUAUUGUGAACAAUGUCAAUGUUGUAUAUGUAUUGCGUGUACAUACUCGGAACAUCGUGAUCACGAACUAUCCGAUUUUCGUUCGGCAGCUAUUAAUCAUAAACAAUAUAUUCAAGUAUGUCUUGAUCAAUGUAAAUCAAAAAUGAAUGAUUUAGAAGAUUAUUUACAAAUAAUAAAACGUUGUGAUUCAAAUAUGGCAACAAUCGAAGCAGCAAUACAUACACUUGCAACAACAUUUGAAAAAUCAUUGAGAGUUAAAGAACAAGAAUUAGUAGCACAAGUAUUUUCAUUGUAUGGUGAUGAAACACAUGAAUUUAUUAAACGUCGAGAAGAAUUAGAUGAAUAUUUUGAACAAAUAAAAAAUACAUGUUCACUCACUGAACUUGUUGUUAAUGGAAAAGAUAUUGAAUUAUUAUUAGUUAAAAAACAAUUAGCUGAAAAAUUUCGUGAAUUAGAAACAGUUGAAUUAGAAUCAUUGCCAGAAAAUAUUCAUAUGCGUAUAAAAUUUUGUCCGGGUAAAUUAGAACUUGGCAAGUUGAUGAUGUGUUCAAUGACACCGCCUGAUGAUGAUGAACAAGAAGGUCUCUUAGAAGACGAUGAUAUCGAUGAAAAUGAAAAUAUUGAACAGGAAGAGGAUGAAAUAAGUGACAAUAUAUUAAAAACAGAAAAUUAUAAAUUAAAAACAAAUAAUGAUAAUUUAACUGAAUUUACUGCACUAACGUCAGAUGAAAUAGGUAUACAAGUUGAAGAAAAUGAAUUAGAACAAUUAAAAUCAUUUUGUGAUAUGUCCACACAAACAGAGGAUAUAAUAAACGAACAAAAAAUACUACAAACACAGGAACAAGCCAUACAGACAGUCGAAGAUGGAAUCGUAUUUGAUGGUAAUAAAAUAACAAUUAUUCCGCCAGAUGAAAAUGGACAAGUGGAUGUUAGCCCGAAUGCAUAUGAACAAAGUAAUAAAUUAUCUCGGCGAGUACGUCGACUAUUGAAACCAACGUGUAGUGUAGCGGUUUUACCAAAUACAGACGUUAUUAUAUUGGAUUGUGAACAAAAUUUGGCUUCUAUACUUGAUAAACGUGGAAAAUUUAAAUAUUGUUUUUCAUCUGAACCUAAUUUGGAUCGUAAAAAUUUAGCGGGAGUGGCGGGAUUUUCAAGUAUAGCACAAGUUAGUAAUGACCGAUCGAAAGUUGUUCGUAUUCCAACGCCACAAGGUCUAUUAUGUAUUAAAUUAAAAGGUGAACGUGUCUCUGAUUUACCAUUGGGCUUUACAGUACAUGCAUUCAACAGUAUAUCUGAAAGUGAUAAUUAA